GAAAGGGAAUAGAACCAGAGUUCUGAAGAGCUGUAGGUAAAUGGCUAGGUUCUUUAAAGGGAGAAGAUGGAGGCAUUCUGUCUGGAGGGAUCCCAGACAGCUGAAAGUUGCAAAGCCCUGGAGGGAGACUUGCACAGUUCAGGGCAGGGGACCCACCCCCUUAACCCUGGGGACACAAGGAAUGACCAGGCAGCCUACCAGACUACCCCUUUACCACACAUGCACACCCUUGACCUCAGUUUCUCUCACCUGUACCAGCCAUCUCCGCCCACUGGGGGGCGGGGCUCGAGGACGAUGCUGGUAGCUAUUCUAUAGCCUCCAGAGGCAGCAGUUCGUACCAAACUGCCUACUGGGGUGGAGUCUUACCCCAUGACUGGACCCAGGCUCCCAAACUACUCACUGGUGCCAGGCAGUGGUGAAGGCGGGCCCAGAGGGCCAGCGCCAGUUCGGGUUGACACUCCGAUCUGGUUGAGCGCCCAUGCAGCCCCCGGCCGCCUGAUGGUCCAGCCGGGGAUCGGACCGGCAGUCUGUCCAGGCCCUGAGAUGUGGGAGGUGCCCCUGAGUCCGCAGACUUACGAAUUCCGGGGCGAGAUGGUGCCCUGCGAGCGCCUGGUCAGAGCUGGCGAGGCGCGGGCCUGGCUCCCCAAUCCCUUUCAGGGCGCCAUCCCUGGGCCCUAUGUCACACUGCGGAGCAUUCCCAGUUUGGCACUGCCAGAGGACAUCUCAGCCAUAGUGAAAGAGAUGGAGCAGCUGGCCAAGGAGCUCAGGCAGAAGAGGAUGACCCUGGGGUACUCGCAGGCCGAUGUGGGAUUCGCCUUGGGGGCUCUUUUUGGAAAGGAGCUUAGCCAGACAACCAUCUGCCGCUUUGAGUCCCAGCAGCUCAGCCUGGCCAACAUGUGGAAGCGGCAACCACUGCUGAAAAUGUGGCUGGAGGAAGUGGAUACCAAGAACCUGCUGGUCUUAUGAAGAGUGGAGAUGAUCCUGCAGCAAGCUCGGAAAUGAAGAUGGGCAAGCAGGGAGCGGCGCAUCAGAAACAACCUGGAGAAACUCUUCCUGCAGUGCCCAAAGGCCACAGCCCAGCAGAUCAGUUGCAUCGCUGCGGAGCUCCAGCUGCAGAAGGACCUGGUCCGAGUUUGGUUCUAUAACCGGAGCAGGAUGAGCAGUCAGCCAGCCAGAUAUUUCUCCCCACCAGAGGAGGGGGCGGCAAUCGGACCUCCCUUCCCAGGGGGACUGGUGUGCUUUCCCCUGUCGUCAGGGCUCCAUUUUGGUUCCCCUUACUAUGGGGGCCCCUACUUUACACCCUUGUACCCCUCUGCCCCUUUCCGUGUGGGGGGAGCCCUCCUCUCUGCCCCGGCCACCAACCUGGGCCUUCCCAGGCCUUCAAGCCAAGGGGCCUGCCCUUCUGGGGAGGACCACGCUGGGGAAACCAGUCCCUGGCAUUCCUUCCUGGGCUUUUAG